ACAUUCAAUCAAUGAUUUGACCAUCUUGUAGUGGCUACGAUCAACUUGACAAGAGCUAACAAAAGAAAAAAACCGAUAUCUUCUUGUUUUCUUGGCCAUCAUAUUAUAUUGUGUCGAAACGUCAACGAUCUUUAUCGAUAUCAAAAAGUUUUUCACUUGUUGUUUAGAUCAAUUUUUUUUGUUUGUUUGUUUGAAAAAUUAUUAGUGAAUCAUUUUAACGAUAAUAUAUUGAUGGUGAUUAUCAUUUGAAUUUAUUGUUGAUUUAUUUUCUCUUCAAUAUGGCACAAUUAAAUUUUUUGGCCAUUUUUGUGUUUUUUAUUCUAAAUUCUUGCCAUUAUUAUUCAUGUAAUGAUGAAUAUUUAUGGCAACCAUUAUUGAAUAUUUCUGAUAAUGUAUUUGCCAAAGCUAUUCUUCCUCAUUAUAUUGAUUUUAAUCAUGAUAUUAUUGAUAAUCAUAAUAUAAGUCAACAAUGUCGUAUGGAUAUUCAUCGUUCAUUAUUAGCAUUUAAUCAACGAAAAACAUGGUCAUUUAAAUUAUUCAAUUCAUGGGCACAAUCAUUACCAUCCGGUUUAAUGAUUGGAACAUUUACUGAUUAUGGUGAUUAUGAUCAAUGUUUAUCAAUUGAUCAUACAGAUAUUAUAUCAAAAUAUUGUUUUGUUGAUUUAUCAUUACCAAUGCCAAAUCCAAUGCCUGAUCAUCAUAAUAUUGUUAAAAAAUUUCCCGUUAUACCGACUACAAAUAAUACAAAUCGUCCAGAUUUAGUUUCAAAUGGAACAAUUUUUUAUGAUCUUUCUCAUUUGUCACCAUUAUUUUAUUAUAUUUUUAUACGUAUGGGAAUUUGUAUACCUUAUUCCUGUUCCGAUACAGAUAUUCAUCAUUUUAUUGAAAAUAAAGGCAUACAAGAAACUGGUCUUACUUUUCAUUCAUCAACAUGUACGAUUAAAUCGAAUGAAAAAUGGAUACCUAAUUUACCUCAAACAGCAGCUUUAAUAAUCUUGACCAUACUGUUUGCCAUUACAAUAUGGGCAGCCAUUUAUGAUCGAUUAGUAAUGAAGAAAAGUUAUUCAAUUACUGAAACAAUAUUACUUUGGUUUUCACCAAUUCAAAAUGCAGCUAAACUAAUUUCAGUGAAAACAUCCAAACAUGAUGAUCUAGCCUGUUUACAUGGAAUUCGAUUCUUAACACUUGUAUGGAUUAUUAUUGGCCAUACGCUUGAAUGGAAUCCAAUGAAUUUAUUUCGACAAUCUUUUUUGAUGCAAUCACGUUUAUCAUCGCUUGGACAUCAACCAUUGUUUAAAGCACAUUAUUCAGUGGAUACAUUUUUCUAUCUUAGUGGUCUAUUAACAUCAUAUGUUACAUUUAAAUAUACACAAAAUGAUUAUAGAAAAUUUCGUUACAUUCCAUAUACAUUUUUACGUUAUCUUCGUCUAACACCGCAAUUAAUAGCAUUUAUGUUAUUAUUAAGUCUUUUACCACCGUUAUAUGAUGGUCCAUUAUGGUCAACUUAUAUGAAUAAUGUUAUGGAUAAAUGUUCGUUAACUUGGUGGCAUAAUAUUCUUUAUCUACAGAAUGUGAUCGAUGUUCAAAAUAUUUGUGCUCUUCAUACAUGGUAUUUGGCUGCUGAUAUGCAAUUACAUUAUAUGUCAGUCAUUUUAAUUGGAAUGUUAUUAAGAUAUCCAAAACGAGGUAUGCUCGUCACUAAAUGUCUCAUACUAGUCUGUAUUUGUAUCAGUGGGUUAACAGUUUUCAUUCAAAAACAUCCACCCGGUGGUAUAGUCACAAUUAAAAAUGAUUUUCUUGAUGAAUUUGGUCGGCCAAGUGAAUUUCUAAAAUUUUUCUAUCAACCAUGGAAUCAUGCAAAUGUAUUUUUUAUUGGUUUUAUUUUCGGUGCCAAACUACAUGAACGUUCAGAUUGGAAUCGAAUGGUAUCGAUGAAAACAAGUAGCAAAUUAUUGUGCUGGUUAUUAGCAUUUUCCGGUUAUCUAUUCUGCAUUUAUAGUACAGCACCAUGGCUAUAUGGUCGUCCAUAUGAUCCAUUUUGGUCGGCUAUUCUUUAUCCAUUGAAUCGUACAAUAUGGGCAUUAGUAUUAACAUUAAUCAUAUGGCUUUGUAUCACUAAUAAUGGUUUAUUUAUUGGCAAUAUUCUUUCAUGGAAAGUAUUUCGUCCAUUAUCACGUAUGACCUAUUCGGUUUAUCUAACACAUGUUCUUGUAUUCUAUGUUGCUCUUGGAUCAAGACGUAAUCUUAUUGAUAUGCGUAUGACGGCCAUAUUAUCAUUGUUAACAUCAUCAAUUGUUAUUUCAUAUUUGUUUGGAUUUAUUUUUACUGUAUUGGUUGAAAGUCCACUCAUACAUUUUCUUGAUUAUCUUAAAAAUUAUUGGCUAAUUAAUCAGCCAUUAAAUUCGGAAGAAACAAAAGUCAAUAAUAAUAAUGAUAAUGAUGAAACAGAUGAAAAAAAAUUAAACAUACCAGAAUACGAUGUAAAUGAACGACAAAUACAACUAAUAUUGAAUUCAGAAUCAAAAGUGUGA